CGAUGCUCGAGCCCCGCAACACGUCUCGGCCGGAAGAGUUUGUCCAUGUUCCAUCUCAUCUUCAACAUCUCUCCUGCUUCUUCUUGCCCCCAUCGUGGCACGGGUCCCCUGCUUUCAUCCGCCAUGGCCGUGGCCUUGCCUCCAGUCGCCGCUGCUGCUUCUGCCAACACGGUGGAACCAGCCAACCAACCAAGGAAGCUUUUUUGCGUGUGAUGCCAGCGAAGGGGCCCCAUUCCACCUGGACAGGCAUGACACCCGUCAGUCAACCGUCCCUCGCUCAUGCAUGCCUGCCUGCGCCACCCCAGACCGUCGCACGUGCCACCACCUCUCUCUUACUCUCUCACCCCCUUUCGCGGUGCUGCCCCCCUCCCCCGGGUCCGUCACUUCAAGGCUGAGAGUGGAGGAAGCAAAGGGGGCGCAGGCGGGCGAGGCGAGAGCGUGAUGCUGCCGAAGCUUCGUUGGCUCCAGAUUUGGGACUAGCAGCAGGGGAGGGGGGGCAAGCAGUCAACAAGACAAAUAGGGACGUGGGGAGGGAGGGAGAAAGGCAGCAUAGAUAGAUGGUUGAGGAGGGCCCGAAAGGGCCUCUCUAUUGCUGCUGCUGCUGCUGCUCUUCACCACCUACGGAAUAGUUGCGACAAACAAACGACGAUUCUUUGCUGCAUAUUGCUUUGCACCUACCUAUCCGGCUGAGCAAAGGGAGGGGAAAACGACUUACACGCCCACCUUGCCGCGCAACCAUCAUCGCCCAGCGACGGUGAGAAGCAACAACAACCGGUUUCCGGCAACGGAUACUCGCCUUUGGUUCUUUUAAAAAUGUCGCAUGCGCCCCGUCGCGCCUCUACUACUACAGCUUGGUUAUGAGGCUGUUACUCUCGCCAGGCGUGGCCGUGGCGGCGGUGGUAUCGGUGCUGUUGUCGACAGCCGGCCAAACCGCCGCCGAAGAUGCCUCUCCGUUUUCCAUCGACUCCGAAGGUGAGAAGAGAGAGUCCGUCCAUCUAGUGUUUUGACUAUUGCCUUUGCCCUGCCGCGGGCGGCUGGACACGACUUGUGUGUUGUGAGAGACAGACAGAGCGAGGCUAACUCCCCGCACCUCCCCCAUCCUUUUCCCGCCCCCCCAGACGACAUCAAGAAGACGGCCAGCAUCGUCGCCUGGGACCUGAUGCAGUACUACAAGGGCAACCUGACGGGAGAGACGCCGGGCAUCCUCCCCGGCCCUCCUCCCGCAGGAGACUACUACUGGUGGGAGGCGGGAGCCAUGUGGGGGACGCUCAUCGACUACUGGGCGUGGAGCGGCGACUCGACGUACAACGACGAGAUCAUGGCGGCGAUGCAGUGGCAGGUCGGGCCCAAGGCCGACUACCAGCCGCCCAACGUGACGGCCUCGCUCGGCAACGACGACCAGGCCUUCUGGGGCAUGUCGGCCAUGCUCGCCGCCGAGUCCAAGUUCCCCGACCCGCCGUCGGACAAGCCGCAGUGGCUGGCCCUCGCCCAGGCCGUCUUCAACACGCAGGCCGCGCCCGACCGGCAUGACCAGCUGUGCGGCGGGGGGCUGCACUGGCAGAUCUACAGCGUCAACCACGGCUACCCGUACAAGAACAGCAUCGCCAAUGGCUGCUUCUUCAACCUCGGCGCCCGCCUGUAUCGCUAUACCGGCAACACGACGUACCUGGACUGGGCGGUGCGCACCUGGGACUGGAUGGACCGCGUCGGCUUCAUCGACAGGGAGACCUGGGCCAUAUACGACGGCGCCAACUCCAACAAGGGGUGCAAGGAGAUUAACCGCGCCGAGUUUUCGUAUAACAACGCCAUCUUUGCCCAAGGCGCGGCGUUUCUGUACAAUGCGACAGAAGACGCCGUCUGGAAGCAGAGAACCGAGAAGCUCGUCGAGUACGGGCUCAAGACCUUCUUCCCCAAGGGCGUCGCCGUCGAAAUCUCGUGCGAAACCGCCGGCACCUGCACGACCGACAUGCUCACCUUCAAGGGCUUCCUGCACCGGUGGUACUCGGUCAUCACGCAGAUCGUGCCGUCCACGGCGCCGUCCAUCCGGCCCAUCCUCAAGAAGUCGACGGCCGCGGCCAUCAAGCAGUGCACGGGGGCGGCACUCGGGCGGCAGUGCGGCUUCAAGUGGGCGACGGGCGUCUACGACGGCAAGACGGGCGCCGGGCAGCAGAUGAGCGUCCUUGCCGCCGUGGCCUCGCAGCUCGUCGGCCUCGACGGCAAGGCCCCCGUCACGGGCAAGUCGGGCGGCACCUCCAAGGGCAACCCCAACGCCGGGUCGGGCGGCGACACGGAUCCCGCGGACCGCCACCGGCCCAUCACCACGGCGGACCGCGUCGGCGCCGGCUUCGUGACGUUUACGCUCGUGGCCCUGGUGGGCGGCGUCUUUGCGUGGAUGAUGCUGGAUACGCAUCAGGGCGGUGAGAGUUGAAUCUUCUUUUUUAAAGCGUGUACGGCUUGAUUGUGUUUAUAGCAGACUUUGGAUUCCUAGAAAGGUUCGUUAGGGUGUUUGUGAUCGGAGGGCGGGCGUCGGUGUAUGCUUUUGAUCAAAGACUUUGCUUGCCUGCCUUACUGCUUGCUUGCCCCGGGGGGAAUAGUAGGUAAUGCGAGUACCUACAUUCGUGUGAGAGGCAUGCCAUCAAGCAGACGCCAGUAAGGUGUAUGUCAGUCAGGUGGAGGUGCUCCGUGGCAGCAGCAGUAGGCAACCAUGUUGGAAGUCUGGUGUGACGAAUCUGUUUGAAAAUCUGCACACUGGGAGGAAGCAGGCAAGCAAGCAUUGAAGCUUCGCGAAAGACAAUAGGCAAGGGAAGGGUUUGGUUCCCAACUCUCAAUAUACCCCAGGGCCGCAGCUGUCAGCUUCAGGGGCCGACAAGCCGCUGAUGAGGAGGAGC